AUGACUAACUUGGAAAAGACUUUGCGGGGGUUCCUUUGGUGUCAAGGUCCCAUGCAAACAGGUAAGGCUAAGGUUUCUUGGAAAGCUUUAUGUGUGCCAAAAUAUGAAGGAGGAUUAGGAUUGAGAAAAGUAUCUGAAAUGAAUAAAGCUUUAAUGAUCUCGCACGUUUGGAGUAUUGUUUCUCAUAGAAGAUCACUUUGGGUUGAUUGGAUUUAUGAUCACAAACUAAGAAGAAUAAGCUUUUGGGAUAUACCUAGUCCAUCAACAGAUGGUGGGAGUUGGAGAAAAAUUCUAUCUUUAAGGCCCCUUAUUCGUAACUUUAUAUGGAAAAAUCUAGGGGAUGGACAAGAUACAUCAGCUUGGUAUGAUACUUGGAGUGACAUAGGACCCUUAUCAAAUAUUAUUCGUCUGCAGGAUAUAAGGAGGGCAGGAUUAUCUCUUCAAGCUAAAGUGGCCGAUAUUAAUCGGAAUGGGGAAUGGAUUUGGGACACAAAAAAGAUGAGGAAGGUUGCCCAUGAAGAUAAGCCUUUUACUUCUUCCAUUGUUUGGGACACAAUUAGGAGUCGUGAAGAACCUGUUAAUUGGGUGAAGGUUUGGGAUGCUGUUAAAAGUGUUGCUAACAUGUCAUCUACCUCAGGUUCUUGGAAUAAUAUCACAGCUUGGUUGAUUGCUCAUGCAAAAUCACGAUCUAUAAUUCAUGUUAUUGGUAGACUAGUUGUUGCAGCCACUGCUUACUUUAUUUGGCAGGAGAGGAACAAAAGGAUGUUUUCUAAUCAUGCUCGCCCACCUGAUAUUUUAUCCAAUCUUAUCAAAGAUACUGUUCGUUCAAGGUUAUGGAGAUUGAAGUUUAAAAAGACAGCUCGAGUUGUUACUACACUUGAUACUUGGAAGAUUGGGGGUGACUAUAUGUUUCAGAAUGGCGAAUUGACCUAG